AUGGUGUCUUUGGUACCUUUUGUGGUUCCCAUCGUGGGUGACAAAACCUUGCUGGUGUGGGAGCUGAGCUCUGGACCCACGGCCGAGGCCUUGCAACAUCCUCUGUUCACAGUCUUCUCCCAGUUUGGCCUUCAGUAUUCGGUCCGAGUCGUCCCAAAUGCAGCAGUGGCCGGUCCUGUGUUCUAUGCCAUCAUCAAGGUUUAUUCAGCAAGGGAUGCCCACAGAGCCCAAAAGGCAUGCGACCAGAAGCAGCUUUUUCAGGCAUCUCCAGUGAAGCUUCAGGAUCUUUCUAACCUUGAAGAAAGGGAAAAUGAAGAUAUUGUGACACCACUUCAGAAGCAAAGCCUGAAGCUCUUCUGUGCUUUAGAGGUGGCGUUGCCCUCCCACGAGUGCAGGAGUCCUGGAGUUGGCAUGGCUGAGGAACCUUUGGAUGAGUUGGAGGAAGUGGUCUGGAACCAAACUGCAAUAUCUCUGAAGUCUGCUGUAUCUCCUAUGUCAGGGAUCCUGCAGCUGAACUCUGCCUACUUCAACCCCCAUCACUUCAUUCCAGGCCCACCCCAGCUUCAGGCUGCCUGCCAGAGCUUACCAAACACCUUCUGCCUUCCUGCCAAAUCGUCCUCCUUCUGCAGAAUGUGGCUUAGUGGAAAAGACACAGACUAGAAUCAGACCUCCCUGCACAUCUACUGUGUGACCUUGGGGAAGUUCCUUCACCUCUCUGAACCUCAUCUAUAAAAUGAGGAUAACAGCUUCACCGGACCGUGGAGAAAAUUCAAGGGAUGGUGUGAGUCCUGACCCUAGCGCAGUGUCUGGCACAUAAGCAGUGUUCCCAGAAGAUCAGCCCCCUCUCUUUUGUCUCCUCCCACCCCAGAUGGCCUGUUACUUGUCAUGCCUAGCUAAAUCCAGAGAUGUGACAGCGGUCAUUAAAGCAAAUUUGUCACUUGUUUCUAUAGCCAGGUGGCACAUGACAGCUAUUAAUUUUUCACAUGAAAAAUGGCUCUGCUAAUUGAAAAACAUCAAAAAGAUUGAGGUUUACACAAAUGGUCAGCUCUGUUUAUUUUUUCUAAUUUACUUUUCAGCAGUCAGUAAGAACUUAAUGAGCUCUCAUGUUUGCUUCCUCCCUAUUUAUAGAUAUUAGUGCCUGUGGUGUUCUAGAUGUAUGUACAGUUGUCCUUUGGUAUGCACAGGGGAUUGGUUCCAGGGCCCAAAUCCCCCACCCCUUUCCUGCAGGUACCAAAAUCCUCGGAUGCUCAAGUCCCUCAUGUAAAAUGGCAUAGUAUUUGCAUAUAAGGUACAUAUAUCCUCCCAUAUAUUUAAAUCAUUUCUAGAUUACUUAUAAUACCUAAUAUAAUGUGAAUGUUAUAUAAACAGUUGUAAAUAUCGAGACAAGGUUAAUGUUUAUGUGACUAGUUACCAGGCAGCGGCAAAUUCAAGUUUGGUUUUCGGAACUUUCUGGAAUUCUUUUUUCAAAUAUUUUUGAUUUGCCAUUUGUUGAGCAGAUAUGGACAGCCAUCUGUACUGAGAGCAUUCAGCCUGGGCUACACAGCCAGGAGGGAACAGUUACAAUACCCAAGUGAAUUCCAGAUGGGACUUCCUGCUCCUUGACAACUUAGCUGAUACACUCACUGUUCAUCAAGAAAACACCUCUGUUGGUUCUUUAUAUCAGCUGGAUUCUAUUUUUCCUUUUCUUGGCAUAGAUUUCUCUGCCUUGAAAGUCUUUUUAUUGUUUUGUUUGGUAUGAAAUAAAAACAGGUAACAUUU